CCUCAUAGAGUUGAUAAUAUAUCUAAUAAUGAAAUAAAAGAUCAAAUAAUCAUUAGAAAUGAGCUUUUGGAUAAUUAUAAUAAUAUUCAUAUGUUUAGCGAGUAUAUUAAUUCAUUAACUCCAAAUGAUAAUAACACCAAUUUUGAUAAUUCUAACAAGUCACCCUUCAUAACCAAAAAUUGUAAUAAUCAAGAUGCAAUGUUUAUACCAAACACUAAUGAUAAAAUUUAA